CUGCCAAUUGCAUUUGGAGCAUCGCUUGGUUGGCUGGAAUUUGGUAUCAUCGAAUACGACACAAUUUCUUUGGUAUUUGCACCCUUUUUGGCUGUGUUACAGGGCCUGCAAAUUGUACAACUGCAAAAAUAUUGUAAAGCACUUACAUCUGACGACCCACAUACUUUUAUCCUCUCCUUUACCGGUAUAAAAAGAGAUUUCAAUCAAAAAAAAAUUAUCAAGCUGUUGAGAAAAACAGUAUUUUUGAAAACAAUAAAAAAAGAAAGAGUUUUUUACGACAGUUUUACUGCAUUUGGUUUACUCUUUCCAGCAGUUUUUUCAGCUGUAUCUACAAGACCGCACUUUGAUGCAGCAUGGGAACCGCUGGAUUUCCUUCUUACUGUUAUGUCUCUGAUAUUUAUGGCCAAUUUCAAAUAUUCGGAGCUGUGGUUACAACUUAACUUGAACGCUGGAACAUUUGUGGUAUAUGAACACAUGAAAUAUUGGCUGGCAAGCAUAGGACAAUGGUUUAUGCAAAAUAUGGCACAUGCAACAAUCUUUAGUGUAGCUGGAAAGUUACUAUUUCUUGGUUCAUUAGUUAGAUAUUUUUCGGAAAAGAAUAACUUUCUAAAAUAA